CAAAUUAAAUAGGAAUAUUUCUGUAAAACGCCUGUCUCCCUAUAUUGAAACAUAUGGGACAGUCUCGUUCUAAACGAUGAGUCAUAAUUUCGGUUUCGUUAGAUGCUGCAUUUGGUCACUUGGGGUGUGAGAAGAAAGAGGGCAGGAGCUGUCGACAGGGCAAAACUCACAGUUUGCAAGACAUGAGGCAACAGCCAUCAAUUGCAGCCAAAGUUUUCAUACAGAGAGACUAUGCUAGUGGUACCAUGUGCCAGUUCCAGACCAAAUUUCCUCCAGAGCUUGAGAAUCGGAUUGACAAACAGCAAUUUGAAGAAACGGUACGAACUCUAAACAACCUAUACAUGGAGGCAGAGAAACUUGGGGGCCAGUCCUACCUUGAAGGCUGCCUUGCUUGCUUGACUGCGUAUACUAUUUUCCUUUGUAUGGAAACCCACUACGAAAAGGUUUUGAAGAAGAUCGCCAAAUACAUUCAAGAACAAAAUGAUAAGAUCUAUGCCCCCAGAGGUUUGCUUCUUACAGACCCAAUCGAGCGUGGCCUUCGAGUGAUUGAAAUCUGUAUUUAUGAUGACAGAAGCUCCGGAUCAGGGAGAUAAGGCUUAUUUGAGCCAUCUUGCUCUGAAAACCUGCAAUGGGUGCUCAUUCCGGCACUUCACAUAGCGGCUGGCCCCAUCCUACCUCCUUCCUGAUUGGUUGAUUUACCAACCUUGUCCAGCGAAUCACCAUGUGCCACUUGACAUGCGUUUCUACAAUCGGUUCCACUUUCUCCUUCCUUGUAAAAUAUGUUGAAAAAUAUGAAGAAAACUAAUCUCUUUAUGCUUUUUGUUACAAUAAAAUUAUUUAUAAUUGUAUUAAAAACCUGUAUCAUUAAGAAUUUUGUUUUCUUAUUCUAACCCAUCAGUUUUUAAAUGAAUUGUAUUUAAAGUUAAAUAUUUUUAUUUUUUAACAGGCAACACUGCAGUCUGUGAUAUGCUUUGGCAACUGCAGAUUGUCUAUUUUAAUUCAUACCACAUUUUUUGUUUUGUUUUUUUUUUUUCUUUAUCUCCUCAACGCAUUUAAUUUGUUUCAUUUUUCCUCUUAUCCUUUGCCCUUUAACCGCAUUAUCUCUGACUUUGAGCAUUUUAAUAUUCAUACUGUUGCUUAUUUUCAUUUUUUUCUUACAUAAGUUUUAUACUUCAAGCACAACAAGGAAGUGGUGUUUUAAAACAUUGUGUAUUAAAUGCAGUAUAUGGGA